ACAUUUUUGUUGUUGUUCCUUUGUAGAAUUUUCUUCCAUCCGAAAGUGUGCGGAGCUCGCAUCGGUGUAAUUCUAAUAUAUUUCGGUGAAAAACCCAAAUUAAAAUGUCUUACAUUGCCCGGAAAGGACCCCAGGUUGCUUCUGCUCUCGGCAAGUGGGCCUACAAUCUGUCCGGAUUCAAUCAGUACGGACUGCACCGUGACGAUUGCCUGUACGAGGAUGACGACGUAAAGGAAGCGAUCCGUCGGCUGCCGGAGAAGCUGAAGGACGAUCGUAACUUCCGGAUCACCCGGGCCCUGCAUCUGUCGAUGACCAAGACCAUCCUGCCGAAGGAACAGUGGACCAAGUACGAAGAGGAUACCAAAUAUCUGGAACCGUACCUGGAGGAGGUCAAGCGCGAACGGGACGAGCAAACCAAGUGGGAAGCCAACAAGUAAACGAUGUAAAAUUUUCUAUGAUAAGGAGAAAGUUUACAUUGUUCUGAUCAAGAGUUCUAUUCGAAAUCUAGGAAAAGAAAGUGAAAUCGGUUAAGUAUA